AUCAUUGACUCUAAACCUACUUUGGCAGCUAAAGUUCCAUUGCAACUUUCAUCGAAUGAUUGAUUCCAUUUCCAUUCAAGAAGAUCCAGCAGAUCAGCCUGUUUACACGGAAACCAUGUGAGUAGAUAGGUAACUGUGGAUGUAUACCCGUUUUAGCUACGAGAACGUUACACCCUUCCUCCUCCCAUAUAUAAGACGACAUCCAAACAGUAUCAAUACCGUCUAUUUCACCAUACGCUCUUUCCAUUCAUUCGAAAAUGGUAUAACACGGUAAAAAUCGAUUGUGCAGAUGAUCAAACAUUCAUUUAUGCAAUAGCAAUCCUCUAACAACACAUUGUACUCUCUCGAACCGCUAUUUCUUAUUUCCCUACCUACGAGUACAAUAUUUCCUUUUCCUAGAAACAACGUACCAACCCAACUUUCUUCCCUUUUUACAGACCAACUUCGACACUUACAGAUGCGGGUCUAAAAGAUGACCUGGCCUUCAACAAUGAAGCCGAUACUUAGAUUGUGUCGUGCCAAUAACUUUUCAGAAGCUAAGGUAUCGCCAGGUCCAUUAGGUGGCAUUCUUGGUGCGUUCCAUUCCUUAUAUCAAUUCUAGCCCGCCGUGUCGUCCAUCAAUUACCAGAUUGAGACUAAUAUGUCUUUCCAUUAGCUGCUCACGUACGAUCACUUCAUCCAACAAUUCAUACUAAGUGCAAGAGAUAUACAUCGACGACUACUUCCUCGCCUGCGUCUACAGUCCCUAAUUCUGCGUCCCUGUCUACAGCUUCAUCUAAUGCGGUAGCUCCGAAUCUAAUCACCACUCCAUAUUCAAACCUGACAAUUGGUAUUCCUCGCGAGACAUAUCCGAACGAAAAACGAGUUGCACUUACUCCACAAAAUGCACAGCUCUUGAUUAAGAAAGGCUUCUCCCGAGUUCUUGUCGAGCGAGGUGCCGGAGCAGAAGCACAAUUCACGGAUGAAGCAUACGAGACUGUAGGAGCCAAAAUAGUCAGCAGGAAGAAUGUUUGGUCGGAAAGUGAUAUUCUUUUGAAGGUCCGCCCGCCGAGUGUGGAUGGACCUAUCAAUGAAGUUGAUUCCUUGAAGAACAAUGCAACACUUAUUUCAUUUUUAUACCCGGCGGUGAAUAAAGGCGUGGUAGAGAAAUUGGCUCAUAGAGGAGUUACUUCAUUCGCGAUGGAUAUGAUUCCUAGAAUUUCGAGAGCUCAAGUUUUUGACGCAUUAAGGUACAGGUGUAAUGCCAUAUCACACUUAUGAAGAAGAAAAGCUCACACAAUUUCGUGAUUAGUUCUAUGGCUAAUAUUGCCGGUUAUAAGGCAGUCUUAGAGGCUUCCAAUCAUUUUGGACGCUACAUGACUGGUCAGGUCACUGCUGCUGGGUAUGUGAGUCCCCAUUUUGCUAGUGCUUUAAGCUAAUUAGGUGACUUUUAGAAAGGUACUUACUUUAGUGCUCGGUGUCCACUUUUAGUUUCUCACUAAUAUUUUUAGGUUCCUCCUUGUAAAGUGCUUGUCAUUGGAGCGGGUGUGGCUGGAUUGAGUGCCAUUGCAACAGUAAGUGUAUGAUAUAUAAUUUAGAUCUGAAUGCUAACAUCAUCUCUAAUUAGGCUCGACGCAUGGGAGCUAUCGUACGAGGGUUUGACACCAGAUCAGCUGCACGUGAGCAAGUCCAAUCAUUAGGUGCUGAAUUCAUCGAGGUAGAUUUCAAAGAAGAUGGUUCUGGCGCCGGUGGUUAUGGUAAAGAGAUGUCGAAAGAGUUCAUGGAUGCCGAAAAGAAAUUAUUCAUGGAACAAUGCCGUGAUAUUGAUAUUAUCAUUUGUACUGCACUGAUUCCAGGUCGCCCUGCUCCUAAAUUGAUUCAUGAAGAUGUAAGUUUUAUUGAAUCUUGGUUACUAGAGAUGAUCUGACUGGUUUUAUAGAUGGUUGCAGCAAUGAAACCUGGUUCUGUUAUUGUCGACUUGGCAGCUGAAGCGGGUGGGAAUUGUGAUGUUACUGUGGCCGGCCAAUUGAUUGAACAUAAAGGGGUCAAGGUCAUAGGUUCGUCGUAUAGUUUGAUGCGCUGUGCAGCAAAACUAAUAUCUCGACAGGAUAUACUGAUCUUCCUUCCCGACUUCCGACUCAAUCGUCUACUUUGUACUCGAACAAUAUUACCAAGUUCCUUCUUUCAAUUGCCCCCGAGGAAAAGCAUUUCGGCAUUGACAUGAGGGAUGAAGUUGUCCGUGGUUCUAUUGUGACUCACAAUGGUGAAAUUGUACCUACUGCACCACGACCAUUACCUCCAACGCCAAAAGCUGCCUCAGCUAUCAAUGCAAAUGCUUCAACCGCUAAUUCUGUAGCCUUAACUCCAUGGCAAAAACAAACACGAGAAGUCGGAGCUGUUACUGCGGGUAUGAGUCUUGCACUUCUUCUUGGUAAAGCAACAGGACCAUUAUUCAUGAACAAUGUCUUUACAUUUGCAUUGGCUGGAUUGAUCGGUUACCGAACGGUAUGGGGAGUUGCUCCUGCACUUCAUUCUCCACUCAUGAGUGUUACGAAUGCUAUAUCAGGCAUGGUUGGUGUAGGUGGUUUCUUCAUUAUGGGAGGUGGUCUCAUACCACAUACCAUUCCUCAAGCUCUCGGCGCUUUAUCUGUAACGCUUGCAUUUGUCAAUGUUUCUGGUGGAUUUCUUAUUACGAAGCGGAUGUUAGAUAUGUUUAAGCGUACGUAUUACACUCAUUUAUUUCAUAGUGCUUUGUCUAACUUCUUGCAGGACCAACUGAUCCACCUGAAUACCCAUGGUUAUAUGCUAUACCUGCUGCUGUUUUUGGUGUUGGAUAUAUAGCAGCUGCAUCUACUGGUAUGGCUGGGCUUGUUCAAGCAGGGUAUAUUGCUAGCAGUCUUUUGUGCAUUGGUAAUUUCUUCUUCUGAACUCGUAGUAAAACAAUCUCUAACUCCAGCAGCAUCACUAUCUGGCCUUGCAUCUCAAACAACAGCGCGCCAAGGAAAUAUGUUGGGUAUAUUGGGAGUUGCAGCUGGUAUACUUGCAUCGCUAGCCGCUGUAGGAUUUCCAGUGGAAGUUCUUGCACAAUUCGCAGCUGUUGCCGGUUGCGGUGCCAUCAUUGGUAGGUGUUCCAUCACGUGUAAAAAGAGGGUCAAUGAACUAACGGUUCGUUCUAGGAUUAAGGAUUGGACGACGUACGACAGCAACUGAUUUGCCUCAAACUGUGGCUGCACUUCACUCCGUGGUUGGUCUUGCGGCUGUUUUGACAAGUUUCGGGUCAGUCAUGGCAGACAUUGGAGACAUAUCACAGCUUCAUCUCGUAGCUGGUUACAUGGGUGUUCUCAUUGGUGAGCAAAAGAUUUGUCAAUAAUUUUACUCCGUUUGCUAUACUAACCUUUAUUAGGUGGCGUCACAUUUACCGGAUCCAUAGUAGCAUAUCUCAAACUGGCAGGUCGAAUGUCUUCGAAACCAAUCAAACUUCCAGGUCCAAAACAUGCACUCAAUUCCUCCCUACUUGCUCUUAAUAUGGCUAGCAUGGCUACUUUCAUCACAUUUGCACCCGGGGCACCAUUAAUUGCUGCAUGUUGCUUAGCAGGAAAUGCAGUUCUCAGUUUCAUUAAAGGUUACACGACUACCGCCGCUAUUGGUGGCGCAGAUAUGCCUGUCGUCAUUACAGUACUCAAUGCAUAUUCUGGAUUUGCAAUAGUGUCUGAAGGUUUCAUGCUUGACAUGCCUUUAUUGACAACAGUAGGUUCUUUGAUAGGAGUUAGUGGUUCGAUUCUGUCAUCCAUUAUGUGCGUCGGAAUGAAUCGUUCCAUCGCAAAUGUCCUUUUCGGAGGAAUAGCUCCCAGCGCAGAAACCGAGCAUAAAAUCGAAGGACAAAUAACCAAAACUAAUAUUGACGAAGUUGUGGAAUCACUAGAAAAUGCCGAAAACGUCAUCAUCGUCGUUGGAUAUGGUAUGGCUGUUGCAAAAGCCCAAUAUGCUAUUAGUGAUAUCACCCGAAUGCUCAAGAGCAAGGGUAUCAAUGUCCGAUUCGCCAUUCAUCCCGUCGCGGGUCGUAUGCCUGGACAAUGCAAUGUUCUACUCGCGGAAGCUAGUGUACCAUACGAUAUCGUUCUCGAAAUGGAUGAAAUUAAUGAUGAUUUCGGAGAAACCGACGUAACUCUUGUUAUUGGCGCGAACGAUACUGUUAAUCCAAUUGCUCUCGAACCCGGUUCUUCAAUUGCCGGUAUGCCUGUCUUACAUGCUUGGAAGAGUAAGCAAGUUAUUGUUAUGAAGAGAGGUAUGGCAAGUGGGUAUGCAGACGUUGUAAAUCCGAUGUUUUAUAUGCCUAAUACGAGGAUGCUAUUUGGUGAUGCCAAGGAUAGUUGUGAUGGUAAGUCGUCUCAUUUACUCCAAUAUGCUUUUGGAUUAGGAUGGAAAUAUGAGUAAUUGAUCUUAUUUUAUGGUUACUAACUUAUGAAUAGCUAUCAAAGGUGCCCUCGAAGCAAGAAACCGUAUGUAUGACGUCUAAGAGACUACAGGCAUAUCUAUUGCCACUGUGGAAAUGGUUUGAGGAUUCUUAUUGUAGGCUGCUGGGUUUAUUGGGCAGAAUUAGGCUAGAUAUAUACUCUACCCGAAGCUCUGAUGGGAGUUAUGAUUAAGGAAGGAUGGGGGGAGAAAUUUGUGAGUACAUGAUUAAGUCGGGUGGCGAGUAAGGAUUCUUGGGACAGACAUAGCUGAAAACACAAGGAAAUGAUAAAGCAGAUUCGGUAGAUGAUGGAUUCAUUUUUUUCUUUCUUUCCCCUCAAUCCCGGGUUGGUUGACUGACUAUUUAUCCCAAUCAUGAUCAUGAUGUUAUCGUUACUACCCGACUGAAGGAAGUAGGGCUGCUUGUGGAAGAUGCAUUUUGACCUCAAAUGAAACACCUGAUAAAGAUGCAAAUCAGUUAUUCUGCCGUGUUUAAAGCUUCACCUUAUUUGAUUACUUCAUUUUCC